AACCCUGUUAGCUGAGAUGCUGUACAGCAUUGUAGAAAAUAAGGUGAUCCAUGGUCAGACAACUCCAUCUUUGAGGUGUAAAAUAUCUGAAUUGGUUGGGGUGGGGGGCAGGAGGGGACAGAGAAAACUGUUUUUGCAAGUCACCAUCGAGAUGCAGUUCUGUCAUUUCAGCUGUACCCACAGGAACUGUUUUGGUUUGCUCUGUAUUUGUAUAAUUUUUCUUGCAACACAGUGAAGUUUUUGUAACAUCAUUACUGCUUCCAGUCCCUCACAUCCUACUCCAGUGCUCACAGAUGGUUGAUUCAGCAGGUGACUAGAACUUCUCUGUAUUUUCUAUUCUUUGCACACCUGAUGCCUGAUUUUACCCCCCCCCCCAACUUCCUGUAUAGUGUUAUUCAAAAAAAAAGAAGAGAGGUUUAAUUCCAAGCUAUUGCAGGCUCUGUUUAUCCUGGGGUCUGUAACAGUCUUCUAAUUAGCAAGGUAAGCAAAUGCUUCUGUUUAUUGCUGUUCUGGUGACUGCACUCAGCUGCAGGCUGUGUGAGCAUUGCUAAUGCUUACUGAUAAAUGGUGUGUGUUUGCAUCUGUCUGUGUAUGUAUAUGAGUAAAUGAUGCAGAGCACCAGUAAGUUCAUAGGAAGUAGCAAUAGUCCAGGUGAAGUUUAAUAUCACAGUUUAUACUUGUUUCUAAUCUUAGCACUUGUUAAAUAGAAUUAAUCUUGUAGGAAAAAAAAAAAAAAGCAGAACUCUUUCUGCUCUAGUGAUCUGAGUUCCCAGUGUGUGUUUCCAAUGUCUUGAGGGGUUUGGAUCAGUGAAGAACUUCAGUCUGCUCUUGUGAUGAGACUUAAACGAAAAAAACUUCAGGUACAAGGAAUUGUGUUAGUUUGUAAGAAAUUUAAUGUGGUGUCAGCAAAGAGGUUUAAUACCUUUUGUAUUUGUGGACUUGCUGACUCAGGAGCUGCCUUGGUGCUUGUUACCCCAGUGCUGACGUUGAGUCAUUACUGAAGGAGCAGUCGGGGUGGGAGCUGUGCUCGCUGGCUCUGGCUCUCUUUUCUCCUCCCCCUUUUCCCUUGGGACAGGACUUAAGGAUGGAGGAACAUUAAAUAAGAAUGCUUUGAACAGCACCCUUCUCAACAGGCCUGCACCAGGAACAGGUAACCCAUAACCCUGAGCUGAAACAUGGUUGUGUUCAAAGAAGGGUGGGGGAUGGCAGUGCUGGUGCUGUGACAGGGCAACAUUUGCCUGCUGGUGACUGCAGUGAAUCCUCCUGCACGCUCCCAGCUCUGCAAUAUUUCAGCACCUGUUUACAGAGUGGCUGGUGUGUUUUCCAGGUCCGUUGGCCUUGCCUACUGAAAGGUGACAGUGUCAGAAAUCUGCUCUUAAAAGUUCCACAUUUUCCUGAAGAAAUUUAUUGCAAAGUAGUGGCUUUUAGUAUUGGAGGAUUAUUUAAGAGACUAAAUUCUCUUUUUAAUGCACAUGUGUAUGUGUGUGGAAACACACACUUUUCUUCCGAUUUUGAAUUUCUAAUGUGUCCCAUAGAAUCCAGGUUCUCUCUCCUCUGUCAAUAUUUGUGACUAGUUAAUGAUCAACCUCUUGACCUCAUGGCUGUUCCUGGUGUACAGCCAAAUCUCUUUCCUGUCUUCCCCUAAAAAAAAAAUAUAAAGAAAAACAAAGAAAUCAGGAGGUCAGUGUUCUGGAUGCUCACUAACAUGGAGAGCGGCUCCUCACUUGGGAGAUUUCUCCUGCUGAUGUGCUUCGUUGACAGCAGCUGCCUGUUUUCAUAUGAAGUGUUUGAGAGAAAAGACAAAGCCCACGAGGUGCUGCGAGUCCAGAAACGUGCCAACCACUUCCUGGAAGAGAUUCGUCCGGGGAACUUGGAGAGAGAAUGCAAUGAGGAAAAGUGUUCAUUUGAGGAGGCCAAGGAGAUCUUCCAUUCGCAGGAGAAAACGAUGGAGUUUUGGUUCAAUUACAAAGGUUUAAAUCCGUGUAGUACAAAUCCCUGUAACAAUGGUGGAGUCUGCAAAAUAAGACAUUACAGUUACUUUUGCAUCUGCCCCCCAGAAUUCAGAGGACACAACUGUGAAAUAGAGAGGUUGGAGUGCUGGUACAAGAACGGCGGGUGCUGGCAGUACUGCAGGGACAGCAGCGCCCUCCACGUGGAGUGUUCCUGCGCCAGGGAUUAUACCCUGCACGAGGACGGGAGGAGCUGCGUGCAGGCAGCACCGUUUCCCUGUGGCUUGAUCAAAGCCAGGCAGGCUCUGGAGGAACAGCGGCGGGGGCCAAAAAGCCUCCUGAGGAGCCAGGGGGAGCACAGGGAUGUGCCUGAGCUGAACAGGAGCACAGAGGGCACAGCUGGGCAGAUGGAGCUGGAACACAGUGAUGUUGGGGAAAAGGAGACCAUAAAGGAUGCCUUCGGGCACGCUGGACAAACGGAGGUGGCAGGAGAUGCUUCCAGCUGCAAAAAGACAGUGGUGGGCUCUGUGUCCCAGAAGCCCCUGGGGGAGGAGCUGGAUGGCCCUGAGAACCACAAGGCAGUGGAGGGAACUGGGAGAGGCCUGGCUGAGCCAAGCCAGGGCCCUGCAUGGCAGAACAAGAGCACAGCACCUGCUGCCAGGCAGGAAGGAACAGGGGGAAACACCACAGGGCAAAACCAACGAGGGGAGGGCACUGGCAGGAACAGAACGGGGACUGAUGGGCUGCAUCAGAGCAGGGACGGGGGAGACGGUCUGGACGUGCCUCAGCCCACCCAGGCAAACAUCAGCUCUACUUUGGAGCACGGGGACCCCAGGAUAACAGGAGGAAUGCUGUGUCAUCGUGGACAUUGCCCCUGGCAGGUGCUGAUCCGGGACAGCCGGGGCGUGGGGUUCUGCAGCGGGAGCCUCCUGAGCAGCCGCUGGGUGGUCACGGCCGCGCACUGCCUGGACCUCGUGAGCCCCCACCACGUCACUGUGGGGGACUUUGACAAAUACCAGAGAGAGUUCAAGGAGCAGAAGAUCGCUGUGGAAAGGACCUGGACACACCCACACUACGAUUCCAACGACUACAACGGUGACAUCGCGCUGCUCUACUUGAGCAGUGCCGUCGUUUUCAACGAGUACGCGAUUCCCAUCUGCCUGCCCAGCCCCGGCCUGGCCGCGCUGCUCUCCGAGGAGGGGCGGCUCGGGGUGGUGAGCGGCUGGGGAGCCACCCACGCCCGCGGCUCCCCCCUGCGCUUCCUCAUGAAGGUGCGGCUGCCCCUGGUGAGCCUGGAGCGCUGCCAGCGGGCCAUGGACAGGCUGGUCACCGACAACAUGCUCUGCGCGGGGCACGGCACCGCGGCCACCGACGCCUGCAAGGGGGACAGUGGGGGCCCCUUCAUCGCCUCCCACCGCAACACCUGGUUCCUCCUGGGCAUCGUCAGCUGGGGCGAGGGCUGUGGCCAGCAGGGGAAAUACGGGGUGUACACCAGAGUAGCCAACUACAUCCCCUGGAUUAAAGAGGUGGUUGAAAGCGUAGCAGAUUCAGAAAACUUUUCCAUUAACUUUUCUUAAUGCCAGCUACAGGAACAGGAAUAAUUCUACUAUUACAGUGUUUCAGUCUACGACACUGGGCCUGUUCUUGUCCUUAAUGGUGUAAAAUCAAGCUCCUUACCCUCAAGGAAAUUUUGAGAGGGUUAAAUUGCUUAUUCAAGUAUUGCUAAGUAAAAUACUUGUGUAUAAUAAAGAACUAUUUGCAAGUAA